AUGGCCAAAAGAAGUCAAGACGUAUCAUCAUCACGUUCCAAGUCUAGAAAAGCUCAUUUCAGUUCUUCAUCUGUUGAGAGAAGAGUUCUUUUAAGCGCUCCAUUAUCAAAAGAAUUAAGAAAAGAAUACAACAUAAAAUCCUUGCCAAUCAGAAAAGAUGAUGUAAUCACAGUUGUCAGAGGUUCAAAGAAGGGUGCAGAGGGUAAAGUGAACUCAGUUUACAGAUUGAAAUUUGCAAUCCAAGUUGAAAAAUUAGAAAAAGAAAAAUCAAACGGUGCCACUGUACCAAUUAGCGUACAUCCAUCAAAAGUUGUUAUCACAAAGUUGCAUUUGGACAAGGACAGAAAAGAUUUGAUUGCAAGAAAAUCAGUUAAAGCUUAA